AUGAAUGGUGUAAAUAUAGAAGGUUGUUGUGUACGUUUGGGUUUUGGAAAAACAUAUCCAUCAAAAUGUGUUUGGAUCACCGGUAUUGAUGAAUCAGGAAACAAUUCUAAUUUUCUGCUGGCUUUUUUAGCUGAUUGUGGCACCAUUAUAAAUUAUUCGAUUGAUCGUAUAAAUAAACGGGCUUUAGUAUAUUAUAAUGAGAUUGUAAAUGCAGAAGCAGCUAUUAAUAAAAUGAAGCAUUGUUUUAUAAAUGGUGUUUAUUUGCGUGGUGAUUAUGCAUCUCUUGAGUGUCAAAUAAAAUUUGCUGAAUUCUUCAAUAAGCAAAAUGAUAAAAAACAUUUAUCAAUAGACCUGGAUAAUAUUGACAUUCAAAAUACAUUCAUUUCUAACGUUAAUAAACAAAAGUUAGCAGUAAGUCAUUAUGGCGAGGCAGAUAACACAUAUAUUGCUUCCAAGGAAUUUACAUCAGAAAUUACCUGUAUAUGGGUUGAUGGCAUUGCAGAUUCAGUCACUAAUGAAUAUCUGGAAUCUCAUUUUAGUCAAUUUGGACCUAUUCAUAAAUGUUUAAUUAACCGAUUCAACAAAUGUGCCUUGUUGUAUUUCCAAGAGGAAUUACAUGCACAGUCAGCUGUUACUGCAAUGAAUGGUAGCUAUAUAGAAGGUAAACAAGUUUAUGUUCGUUUAGCAUCUUUAAAGUGUCGAGCUUGUGAUGUACCUAAUAUAAAUAAUAAUAAUGUCACUAUUCAGCUAAGAGAUAACACGGCUCAAUCAUCACCUUACAGUGCACUUUAUGUAGAUCCUUCUUGCAAAUGUUCAAUUAAUGAUGAAACUUACCCGAUAAACAUCAGUGAUCCACGCAAUAGUUCAAUUAAUGUUCAUAAUGCUCAGUACACAUCACAGGAUAAAUAUUUAAAAACCUAUAAUAUUGACAUUCCUACUUCAAAAACAAUUUAUAUAAACAACAGUUCAAUUACAAUAAAAUUCAACGAGUAUCCACCAGAGAGACUCAAGUCUCCGACACAAUAUGCUAAUUCUGAUAUAUUAUCGCUACCAUUGCCAGAGUUUGCUAAGAAUAUUUCUAAGGAACUGACUAGCACAUCUUCAAGGUAUUCGCUAUCAUCUAACGCUUUUGGUAAUCAAGAUACAUAUACUUUUAAUGUACAUCACAAUGAGAUGAUAAACUACGGCUUACGGAAAACGGAUAACCAGGAUAAAAAGCAAGAACAAAAUAACAAUCAUCCACAUACAUCUGAUGCAAUAAAUACUGAUUUUGUCAACCCUAUAUCUAAAGAUUCAGAUAGGAAUAAAACAUUUUUAGAAAUAGGUUAUAAAUUCCGGGAUGAGUAUCCUAAGGAUCAGGAGACCCCAAGUAACUGGUUAACUAAUACAUCAAACUAUAAUUGUGUCGAAAAACUUGACCAUUGGUGUUCAAGUGAAACUAGUAAAAAAGAAAAAGAAGGCCAAAAAAAUGUACAAAGUAAACAAAAAUCUUUGAAUGGAUUUGUUGCAGAAAAUUCCAUUGAAUUUGUCGUUCAACCAAACUUUGUUGAUGUAGAAAAAUCAACUAAUAUUGAUGAAGAGAAGAUAGAUAAUGAUAUUUGCGAAACAAGUAUUGCUAACAUUUUACUAACUUUGAAAACAAAUUACCAAAAUAAGAUUAUACAUAAUGAAACCAAAGAUAAACAAAAAAAUACAAAUUGCAAUAAAUUAGCAGGCAGUAUUUCAAAUAAUGGAAAUAAUGAAAAUAAUAAAUCUGUUUAUUAUAAUCAUGUUAAUAUAAAUGAAUAUAAAAAUAAUGAAUCUCAAAAUAUUUCCAGUACUAGAUCAAUGGGAUACAAAAGUCACAAUAUUAAAUCUAAUAAAAUCCAAGGUGAAGCAGAAAAAACAAAUGUUAAUGAAUAUAUUAGCAAAGAUUUGAAGAUUAAAAAAAAUAAAGAAUUUAAAAAACCCAUAUUAUAUUUUGAUAAUCAUGAAAAAAAAAACAACUGUAAAAAAACAAUUUUGGAUUCUAAAUCAACAGAACCUACAUUUAGCAAGUGCAGUCUAUUUGAGUUUGACAUGUUUAAAAUAAAGCAGACUAUUAAUAAAAAAAAAGAAACAAAGAAUAAGGAUUGCAAGUUUAACAAAGGACCUACAACUAUUGAAGAAGAGAAACAAAAUUUAAAUAUACUUAAAAGCCACGAGAAUUCAAGAAAAGAUUAUAAAUAUAAAAAAAAAGAAGAUCUACAUCAAAACUAUUCUUGCUUCAAAUUCGAUAUCAAUAAUGACAAUAAGUCUACAAAAUAUAUUAAAGAAGUUGAUGGAAAUAUCACCAGCAGUCAUUGCUCCACAGAGAAUUCAUUAAAAAGGAGUCUUAGUAAUACCUCUGAAUAUCAUAACGAUUCUAAAAGAUGGAAAACAGAUAAUAAGACUUAUAAAAAUGAUUCUACAAAAACUUCAAAACAUCAUUCUCAAUUGUCAAAACCAAGCAAAAAUAUUCAUAAUAACUCGAAGCCAGAAAAUAAAAAGAGUAAGCUAAAUAAAACUCCGAAUCAACCUAGAACUCGAGGAUGGACCAACGGAUUUUCUAUGUUUGACAUUUUAUCAAGUAAAAAUUAA